UCGCAGACUUACCGUAUCACUGACAGAAAAUCGUAUCUUCGAUCUCCUCCUCCAACAGCGAUCGCGGCAGGUCGACUAGGAGCAUCAUUCACAAUGGCAACGGAGGCGUUUGCUGCCGCUGACGAGUCCUUCGGUACCAUGGAUACUCCACCAUUGACUCUGAAAACGAUUAACCCCAAGGUGUUGGCCUGCGAGUACGCCGUGCGAGGGCCCAUUGUGGCGCGCGCUCAGGCUCUUCAGCAGCGGUUGUCUGCCGACCCAAGCUCGCUCCCAUUUGAUGAGAUCGUUUACUGUAAUAUUGGAAAUCCACAAGCACUGUAUCAGCAGCCAAUAACAUUUUUCCGAGAGGUGGUUGCCCUGGCCGAUCACCCGGCACUUCUUCAGCUUCCGGAGAUAGAAAAGUUCUUCAGCGCUGAUGCAAUUGGCCGUGUGAAGAGGAUCCUUCAGAAAAUCCCAGCCAACACCACUGGUGCAUACAGUCACAGCCAGGGGCACAUGGUUUGCCGUGAAGAUAUUGCUGCGGGCAUUCAGAAGCGUGAUGGGUACCCUUGCAAUCCUGACGACAUCUACAUCACUAAUGGCGCCAGCCCAUCUGUCCACAAUAUACUGAAAUUGCUGAUCAGAGGAAAGAUGGACGGUGUUAUGGUCCCUAUUCCGCAGUACCCGCUCUACUCGGCAUCCAUUGCUCUCCAGGGAGGCACUCUGGUGCCUUACUAUCUGGAUGAGAGCCACGGUUGGGGCCUGGAGAUUUCGGAGUUGGAGAAGCAAUUGAAGGCUGCACGCAACAGCGGCAUUGCAGUGCGCGCCUUGGUCGUCAUCAACCCUGGCAAUCCCACAGGGCAGGUCUUGUCGGAGGAAAAUAAGGAAGAGGUUGUGAAGUUCUGCAAGAGAGAGAAUCUCCUGCUCAUUGCAGACGAGGUGUACCAAGAGAACAUCUAUUGUGAGGGAAAGAAGUUCACGUCAUUCAAGAAAAUUGUUCGUGACCUCGGCUUUAAAGACAGCGAUUUCACUCUUGUUUCACUGCAUUCUUCCUCCAAAGGGUUCUACGGAGAGUGUGGACGCAGGGGUGGUUACAUGGAGGCAUGCGGUUUUGACCCCCUGGUCAAGGAUCAAUUGUACAAAAUGGCAUCGGUUGAUCUCUGCUCCAACGUUCCUGGACAGAUCUUGAUGUCAGUCAUCAUGAAUCCUCCUCAGAAGGGUGACUCUUCACACCCCUUGUUUGCCAAGGAGCGGGAGACAAUCCUCUCUUCACUAAAGAGACGUGCAAAGAUGAUCGUGCGUGGGCUGAACGGCUUAGAGGGCGUCACAUGCAAUGAUGCAGAAGGGGCCAUGUAUGUAUUCCCACAGAUCCGACUCUCAGAAAAGGCGAAGAAAGCUGCAGCAGAUGCAGGCGUAAAGGCUGAUUCAUUCUACUGCUCAAAGUUGUUGGACUCCACUGGCGUUGUGGUUGUUCCUGGCUCUGGUUUUGGACAGGUGCCUGGCACUUACCACUAUCGGUGUACGAUCCUUCCUGGCGAAGAGAAGAUGCCGGCCGUGAUUGCCAAGAUUGGAGAAUUCCACAGGAAGUUCAUGGACGAGUACCGCGACUAAAUACAUCCAUGCCAGCCAGGGCUUCACUGUGUGUGCGUGUCAAAAGUGAACUGCUAUUGUAGUGUAGCUGUUCGGUAGUAGAAGGGGAUUAUCUUUGGCUCGAUUGAGGGCACUGGACAGUUUGUAAUAUUUGCACCCCCCCCUUUGAACUAGAAAGAAACUAGAAUGCUACAUUACCAAGUGUCCGAUUCAGUCCGAAGCCUGGACACUUGGGGCGGACAGUUGGGGCAGACAUUUGGGGCAGUUGUCCGGGGCUCCUGGACAUCCUGUUUCCCGAAUGUUCGGGAGGGGCCAGGUGUCUUCAGACACAUGGCACCUCUUGCGCAUUGUCAAGGGACCCCCAGAAAAGAUCUGGGGGCAAUUGGACGAGGGCGGGAAAAAAAGUUGGUAGACCGCUGAACUGUUGUAACACAGUCCUGAGUCGAAUCCAGAUGUGUGAAAUCAAAAAAUUCCUGAGGGGCUGGAGAGUUCAACGGCGAUAUCUCUUGGUUGAUUGAUUGAUUGAUCGAUCAAUUGAACCAAAAAAACGAAAAGGCUUGUCGCUUUUCGUGUGGCUCGCAGUGUGUGUGCAUGUGUGCAUGCGUGUGUCCAUGUCUUUGCAGUGAUAAGACGUCCGUGACGUUACAGCAUGUUGUGUCAAAAGGUAUGCUUAUGAGCAAUACUUGGAUGUUCACACUUGAAUAAGAACCGUCAGCCAGCUAAGCGCAUAAAACCAAUGUGCGCACUGUCAUGCGUUGAAAGGUCGUGAAGCAAAAAAA